GUUUUCAGUAACAGCUUAUUUUGUACGGAGAAGGACGUGUCGGCAAAAAAAAUAUGAUUAUUUUUGUUUUUUUAUCUCUAUUCGCCGUUACAGUUAAUUGCAUAUUUUAUGAUUCUUACACGGGUAAUGUUAUUAGUAAAGAUGAAGUGAAACAACACGACAAAGCGAAUAACACUUUUUGGUGUGUCGGAGAGUUCGAACCUUGUGACCCGAACGAAGGCCGACGGGUUGAUGGCUCCUGCAAUAAUCUCCAACACCCAACCAGAGGCGCCAGUCAUACUCCAUUCGUCAGAGUCCUACCAGCUGUUUACGAUAAAGAUUUUGAACCGAAAACGGCGAAAUCCGGAAAUGCUAUGCCCACUCCAAGGUAUUUAAGAACCAAUCUGUGGAGUGUGGGCAAGGUUUCCAGCCAAUUGUUUACUCAACUAGCGAUUCAUGAUUUCGUUUUCAUGUCUGCUGAUGUAGUGUCUCUUCAUGAUACAGUAAAAUAUAUUAUAUGGAAGCCAUAUUGCUGUACGGCCAAAGGAAAAACUGAUAGAGAUUGCGUACAGAAUAAAAUACCUGAUGAUGAUCCGGUGCACCGCUUCUCAGACAUCAGGUGUCUGAACAUGACGCGACCGGAGUCUUUCCAAUCCACUGGCUGUGUGAAAAAUGGAACAGUUCCAGAAAGGAUCACAUCAUCGACACCUCUGCUGGACCUUUCGAUGUUAUAUGGAAGCGAUCUGAAAUCGCUUUUGGCAAAAGGAAGACUAUUCAAAGGAGGCUUACUGAAGUAUGAGAUUUCGAAUGGAAGAAUCUGGCCUCCAAGCACCAAAUCUCAAAUUAACCUUUGCUUAUUAAACGACAAGCCUAGAGAAACAAGAUGUCAUGCAACACGUAAGUGUCAUUCUGGCAUCAGCACACAGUAAUGUAUCGAUCAAUCGAUAUUUAGCCACGUUUCACGUCACACGAUGUUGCUAUGUUUUAGCGAAAUAAACUGUGAAUGUUUUUA